AUGAAACCAGGUAACAGAAAAGAAGAUGAACAACAGAGAGGAAGUAAAAGAGAUUCUAAUGAAAGUCCACCUGAAUCCAGCAAGGAGCAUGAACUUCAUUUUAGAUCUGGCAGAUAUAUUCUUGAUAUCCCACAUGGCAAUGAAUCUAGCUAUAAUGACCAUAGCUCGUUAAUGCAAGAUGAACAACCUGGAAAUAAUGAUCUGGAAAUUAAUAAGAAAGGAGAAAAUCCUAAUGAAAGUGAAAAACAGAUCAGAAAUCAUGGCUGAAUGUUUCCUCUCCAUCCUAAGCAGUUAUGGACUUGGGAAGUAAUUUUUGUCCUAUCCAUUGUCUUUAUCCUGUUCUUAGCACCAGGCAUCUAUUACUUUCCUUUAGGGCUAUUCAUAUUCAUUUGUAUCAUAUAUGGCUUGCUUCUAAUUGGCAUUAUUGUUUGCUGUCUCAAAGUUACACUUACCGACCCUGUUGACCGAAACGUGCUCUAUGUGAGAUGUGAAAAGAGCGAAUCUGUUAUUGAAAACCAAGACCUCUCUUACUUCUGAGAUAGAUGUGAUGCAUAUGUACACGAGAGGGCUCAACAUUGUCUUGAAUGUAACAAAUGUGUUGAUAUGUUUGACAAUCAUUGCAAAUUUCUAAAUAAUUGCAUCGGUGGCAAGAACUACAUUGAAUAUUUCUUGCUUCUCUUCCUUGUCAUGGCGAAGACUCUUUUCUUCAUGAUGAUCUCAUUCAUCUUUAUCAUUACUGCUUUAGCCAGCAAGGAAAAAUUCCAAGAGGGAUUUUAUAAAUUAUACAGCAAUGAGCUAGCUAAUAGGUUUGUGCUUGCUCUCUUCAUCCUAGUAAUCAAUGCUCUGGCUCUUUCUGUAGUGUUGUUCAUAGGCAGAAUCCUGAAAGAGAAUAAACAAUUCUGGUCUAAGGGAAUAACCUCCCAUGAACUCCAAGUCUACCAAGAUCGAAGUGAGAAGAUACAUAAAGAGUAUGAGCAAGCUCAUAUAACUAAAUCAGAAUAUGAGGAGAAAAUGCAAGAGCUUGGGGACAUUAAUAAGAGGAGAAAGCGUUCUUAUAUCAAGCAAAUUAAGAGCGAAACACAAAAAGUCUAUAAGAAGAAACUUUUAAAAUUCAAGGGCCAACCGUCAAGAGGAAGGAGGCAAGGGCAAGGAGAGAGAAUCCAAGAUAAGAAAUCUGAUAAAAUUUCGAAUUCCAAGUGACAAUCAGGCCAGAAGAAAGGCCAACAUGAAAAGAACAGUAUGAAUAACGUUAGAAAUGGUGCUAAGAAAAAGCUUAGUUUUGAAGGGAGUAAAGAUAGCUCAGAAGAAUUCAAAAUUUCAAAACCAAGAAAAAGGAUGAAAGCUCCGUUAAUUUUAGAAAAUGAAAAAUCUUCUCAAGAGAUUAUUGGAAACUCAAAUGAUAUUAGUAACGACAUGGAGCCUGAGAAAGAGAGUGAUAGCAGCAAUUUUGAAGCCUUUAAAAAACCUCAAUUAGGCAAGAACAGUUUGACUGCUCCUUCUUAUCUACAUCACAAGAAUAAUUUAAACGAUCAAAGUAGUUAUACCAAUGAAGACCAGUUGACAAUAAUGAAGAAGGAUUCUCCUUCAGAGUUCAGUGAUGAUCCAAGCUCGAUCUAAGCAGAGAAGCUAGCAUCUCCUUCCUUCUCUAUACUCUUGAGGUUGGAUGAACUUGAAAUUGUGUUUCUUAAGUGUGCAUAUA